AUGGCCCAGGUUGAUACUGGACUACAUGCCUACGCCAGCGGGGUCGCCGCCGAGACUGUCGCCAACCACAGCAGCGAACAUCCACUGAAGCUGUACGCCGGGUGGUUCUGUCCCUUUGUUCAGCGAAGUUGGAUGGUGCUGGAGGAGAAAAAAGUACCAUAUCAAUAUGUUGAGAUCAACCCUUACAAAAAGGAGCGCGAGUUUCUGGACCUGAAUCCGCGCGGUCUGGUGCCAACCUUGGCAGUACCCAUGGACGGCCAGGGCAAAGUGUUGAAGCCCCUGUAUGAGAGCACCAUCAUUUGCGAUUACUUGAAUGAAGAAUUUGCCGACCCAACAAAUAACGGGCCUGACUUGUAUCCGGAGAACACCUACCAAAAGGCUCGGUGUAAGCUCUGGAUUGAUCACAUCAGCAACAAGGUUAUUCCGGGCUUUUACAAGUUCAUUCAGCAUACCCCAGAGAAAGAGUAUACGAUUGAACAGGCACGUUCCGACUUUCUGGGCCAGAUCAAGAUACUUGUCAAGGAGAUGGAUGAUAGUGGACCAUGGUUCCUGGGCCACAGGUUCAGCAUGGUGGACGUGAUGCUGGCGCCAUGGGCUAAGCGCCUCUUCCUGCUCGACCAUUACAAGCCCGGAGGACUCGCCAUCUCUGCAGAUAAGGCCAAUGAAGAUGCUGCUCUCUGGGACAGAUGGAAAAAGUGGUAUAAUGCGAUUUCUGAAAGACAAAGCGUGAGAGAUACAUGGAGCGAAGAGGAUUUAUAUGUCAAGGCCUAUCAGAGGUAUGCAGAGGAUAAGACCCAAUCCCAGGUCGGGCAGGCCACGCGCAAGGGGGAGAAACUACCGUGA